GGGACGGCGGCCGGCCGUGCUGGCGGUGCGGUUCCAGACACGGCGGUACGUGCCGCUUCAAGGACUACCGGUGCCAUUCCUGCGGUGCCAUCGGUCAUCUGUCGCGCUGCUGUACGCGAGGCAGAGACGAGCGCACCAACCGACUGGCUGAAGAUGAUCCUGCUGCGUCACCGGAAACGCUGCAGCUGGAUAAUCUCUCCAGCUCUGACCCCGUCUACAUGGGAUCUUCCCGUGAUCGUGGUCAAGGGCUCUGGUCCGAGCCUCAUGGGCCGCAACUGGCUGCACCUGAUGAGGAUCAACUGGUCUGAAGUACACGCUCUACGCUCUCCAACGUCACAGCCGGCCACGGACAUGAUCAAACGCAAGUACCCCGAUCUGUUCCUUCCACGGUUGGGUGAGCUUAAGGGGGUGCGUGUUCACCUUGAUAUUGACCAAUCUGUGAGGCCCAAGUUUUGCAAGGCCCGUUCGAUUCCGUAUGCAUACAAGGCAAAGGUAGAGGAGCAGUUAGAUGCUGAUAUCGCUAGUGGGGUUUUAGUACCAGUGAAAGACAGUCGCUGGGCAGCCCCUAUUGUACCUGUGAUUUGGCCUGAUGGCAAGAUCAGAGUCUGCGCAAAUUUCAAGCUAACCGCUAACACUGCUGUGCGCAUGGACCGUUACCCUCUGCCCAAGACGGAGGACAUGUUGUCUUCCUUGAGUGGGAAAAAUAUAUUUUCCAAACUCGACCUAGCGCAGGCAUACAAUCAGUUGGUCGUCCAUGAAGAGUCACGCGAGAUACUCACCAUCAACACGUCUCGUGGGCUUCUCAGAUAUUCCAGGAUACCGUUCGGCGUGAACGUGGCCAGUGGUGUCUUCCAGCGCGAGAUGGAGAAGCUGUUGGCGGGCAUCCCUGGAGUCGUCGUCUUCCUCGAUGAUGUUCUGCUCAGCAGUGAGACCCGGGAGCAGCACUGGAAGCUGCUCGACGUCGUUUGUCAACGUCUUCAAGACGCCGGUCUCCGUGUCAGGGAGGAGAAGUGUCUGCUCUUCCAGAGUCAGGUCAACCACCUGGGACACCUCAUCAGCGCAAGCGGAGUCCGCACGAACGCCUCCAAGGUAAAGGCUAUCUUGGCUGUCCCCGAGCCCAAGACAGUAUCGGAGCUGAAGACCUUCCUGGGUCUCAUAUCUUAUUACUCGCGAUUUGUUCCUGACAGAGCUUCUAUUUCGGCACCCCUCUAUGACCUCCUAGGGAAGAAUGCUGUGUGGCGCUGGGGCUCAAAGGAGAGAGACAGCUUCAACAAGGUCAAGGAAAAGUUGGCAGCAAAUACGUUGCUUGUCCACUAUGACAACACCAAGCAGCUCGUUUUGACUUGUGACGCUUCUAGCGUUGGUGUGGGCGCUGUGCUGUCUCAGAUCGAUGACGCAGGGAGAGAGAUGCCCAUCGCUUUCGCAUCUCGACGGCUGUCACUAUCUGAGUCUAGAUACGCCCAGAUAGAGCGCGAAGGACUGGCCAUAAUCUUUGGAGUCACAAAGUUCCACAAUUAUUUGUGUGGCGUACCUCGACCGUUCGCUCUGGUUACUGACCACAAGCCCUUAGUGAAGUUGUUCGGUGAACAUGAAGGACUGCCAGAGAUGACUGCCGCGCGGAUUCGCAGGUGGGCGCUUAAACUGUCGUGUUACAACUACACCAUACGGUUCCGCCCUACAGGCCAGAUGGGUAACGCAGAUGCACUGAGUCGCUUACCUGUUCCCACAGAAGUCGGCGCACAGAUGGAAGAGCUGGUGCUGCUGGUUGAUGAUGUGCCUCAUGAUGCUGAAGAGCUGGUUCUCCUCGCAGGUGCAGACUGGCUGGAUUCCAAGGCGAUCGCGCUGCAGACCAGUCGAGAUCCGGUGCUGUCCAAAGUCCUGAGGUGGGUGCAGUUCGCAGACUGGCCGUCCGAGGCACCAGAUGACUUCAAACCGUUUAUCAGAAGGAGGGACGAGCUUACUCAGACAGCGGGAGUGCUUCUGUGGGGUCACAGGGUGGUGGUACCCCAGUCAAGUAGGGAGACCGUUCUGCGUGAACUCCACGUGAGUCACCCCGGGAUGCGGCGUAUGAAGUCGUUAGCCAGAUCGAUUGUAUGGUGGCCUGGUAUCGACGCGCAGAUCGAGCGGGUUGUGCAAAACUGUUCGCCUUGCCAGCAGAGUCGACCCAAGCCGCCGCACGCCGAGCUGCAUCCAUGGGCCUGGCCAUCUAGACCGUGGUCCCGGAUCCACUGCGACUUCGCCGAACCGAGAGACGCAGGAGACGGCUGGGAGCUGGCGUUGUCCAAGUGGCUCCUGCGGCAGAGAACGACGCCUCACUCUACAACGACUGUAACGCCUGCCGAGCUGAUGCUGGGACGCAAGCUGAAGACACGACUCGAUCGUCAACCGGCUGGUGCGGCAUGCACUACCACACCGGCUGUAACGAUGCUGCCCACUGAUGUCGAGAUCUCCCGUGGCGGCGUCCCUCGACCGACUGCUGGGACCGUCUCUCAAGGCGCCGCGCUGGCCGCCGCCGAGAACGACAUGGCCACGCGUCGUUCGACUGCUGGGCCGCCGGUUGAGGAGCUGCAGCCGCCGCCAGUCCCGAGUGCUGCCACGGGUUCGCAGUCGCAGUCGUCGAAUCCAAAAACUGUGGUGCAUUCCCCUGAGCGGGCGGCGCCCGCCGGUGCGCGCCGGGGGCCGUCGGAGACCAGUGGCGGACCGGACGUUCCGGGUGCGCAAACAUCGGCGCCGUCGCCUCGGAGAUCCGGUCGUGUGCGGAAUUCUCCUGACUUUUUCCAGAGUGUCUGGUUUUGUCGCGUUCCGUGAGGUGUACAGUGAGGUUAUAAGCGUGUUUUUUUUUUUUUGAAGGGAGGUGAUGUGGUGCAUGUAACCCUAGUUGACCCGUCGAGGGCGCGGCCCAAUUGGCCGCGACCGGUCGCAUGACCGGCCGGUCACGUGACCGACCGUGCCAGACGCUGGGGUGGGCUCGGCCGGACGGGGAGUCGGGCUGUGACUGUGACACUGUCGCCAUCGCCGCUGAAUACAGAAGUACGCUGCAUGAAGA